CUUCAAUAGAAACAAACAAAAUCACAAAUAAGACCUUUGUUUUUACUCACUAAAAAAAGUAAAAAUUUACUGAAAAUUACAUGAUAUCUAAGUGAAGGCAAAAGUUUUAAUCUUCUGGUGUUUCAACAAUCGAUCGAAUCCUUAUCCUAAGAUUGAAGUUUUCUUUUUUGAUUUUCUUUUUAAAGCUUUGGAAUGGAUUUCGAAGGUGAAUCUGAAGAUUUGUUGAUUUAUAUGGAUUUCAAUACGAAGAUUGAAGAUGUUUUUUUCGCAUCUGAUAAAGAUUUUAAAAUUAUUGGUCUAGAUUCUCAAAAACCAGUACUUCAAUUAGGAAAUCAGGUAUACCAAGGUGAAUGGAGAGAUACAGUUGGCACUCAUUUAUUUUUUGAAGAAGUAGAAGAAAAUAAACAAAAUACUGAUCCUCUGUUUUCUGAAAAUCCUGAAAAGACUAUGUCGUUUCGUUUUAAAACCGAUAAGUUACUACAUAUGUCAAGAAUAUUUCUGAAACCAAAUGUAGAAAAAGAAACAGAAUCUCUUCUAAAUGAAGAUUCAUUGCAACAUAUGGAUAUAUCUCCAUAAAACAAAUCUUAACAUGUUUUGUAA